AUGGCGCUGGAGCUGGCGCUGGAUGAGAAGACGGGAAAACGGCCGGAGGAAUGGGAAGAGCUGGUGUCAUCGCUGAACGCCUCUGGUUCCACUUGGGAUUGGUCCAAGGUGGAGGUGCGAAAGGUGCAGCCCAGGGUCGGCGCUUCAGUCUACGUUUCGCCCGGCGUCUUCGCCGUGGGCGAGGAGCCGGUGCCACCGGCUCCACCGGAGCCGGGCGACGCCGAGGAGGCGGAGCCGCCGGCGCCGCCGGCGCCGGUGGUGGUCUUCGAGGUCGGGGAUGUCGUGGGGCCACUGGGCGGCAUGCUGCGGAGGAAGAAACGAUACAUGGCACAGCACUACGGUGAUGAGCUUUGGUUCUUCCAUGACCCCCUGGCACAUGAGCUCCCCCUGCGCAUCCAAUCCACAGAGCUGCGCACAGAAGCCAUGGUGCUGGAUAUGAGUGGUGAGGGAUCCAAUCGCCUGCGCUACCUUCGCGACCAAAGGGCGGAUCCCUUGGACAUGUCGCAGGUGUUGCCUCAAAGCUACGAGGAUGUCGUGGCCAUGACUGACGUGUCGACCUCCGAUGUCGCGCUGUGGCCCAAGCGCAGUGCCAUGCAGCGCAUCAACAGCCGUUCCCUGCCGCAAGAGACGCCGUCGCCAUCGGCCACCGCGGCAUCGCUGCCAGGGCUGCUGUCGCCAUCCUCGGCUCGGCCGGACUCGCCCAAAACCUUGACGUCCACCAUGAGUUCCGUUGUGGAGGCCCUGCCACCACUGGAGGCCAACUGCAAAAUUGUGGAUGUGCAUGUCCAGGGCUGGCCAUAUAGCUUUGUGGUGGCCACUGCGACCAUCUACAAAGAUGAAGAGCUGCUGAUUGACCGAGGGGAGGAGUUCUGGGAACGUCAGCGAAGCGUGCUGGAACGCCUUCGUGUCUUGGCUCCUGGGCUGGAAGAGAUCCUCACAGGGGUGACACUGCCAGAGCCCUUGCCUCCGGAUCCCGCCGGGGCCUUCCCGCCGCGUGCGCCGCACACCCGACCUUCCAGCAAGCCCAAAGAACCCCGCGAUUUCAUCCCCGAUUUCACCAGUUUCAUCGGAGCGUUUGCCCUGAAAUCUGGGGCCAAAGAAGCCGAAAAGUUGCCAAGCGAAGCUGAAAGGAUUCGACAGCUCUGUCGGAGGCUCGGAGACUGCAGCAGCAGCGGCACAACGUCGGGGAAGCGCAGAGGAGUUCAGCUAUCGACUGAGUUUCGGCACUCAGAGCUCUCCAUUGCUGCCGCAGGUCCAAGGCAAUCCUACGCCCAGCCAGUGCCUUGCUGUGCAUGCUGUGCUGCUGCCGCCGUCCUGGCAGCCACAGCAUUUGAUUUGGGAUGCCAACUUGGAGCCAGGCAUCUACAGUUCCCAGUGGCAUUGCCGCAAUGUCCGACAACUGCCUUCGGUGAACCUUUGGCGACUGCUUCUCUGCAACUGUUUGGUGCCACUUUUCGCACAGCUGGCUACUUGACAGCUGCCCUGCAUCAAGGAGCACAGACCUUGAAGAAUUCUUGGUCCCACGGUCCCACGGUCCCGAUCCAACCGGACACGUUGGAUCCCGCUGGGCCCGGUCAGAUGGUCAUGGCCUCCGAAGCUUUGCAGCGAAGCUGCGUGGCUCAAAAAUGGAAUGCCCCAGCGAGGUGGGAGUACACUUCUUUGGCCAGAUGUUGGAAGUUUCACUGCAGCAUGCUGAAAGGCAAAACCAAAAUGCGGAGCUUGGACUGGUGUUGCAAUGUGUUGUAG